AUGGUUAUUCUUCAACCUGGCUUCUUGGACUUAUCAUUUACGGAAACGUUUCUCGCUGUAUUUCUGGCCUCUUGUAGCUGGAACUGCUAUCUUCCUGGACUGGAAUCACACCAGGCAAUGGAAAGCCAGCGGCAGAAAAUCAGUUCUACAAACUCAGAUCCUUUCUCAAGAGCCAACAGCCGAACAUUUUUUCGCAUGAUGUGUGCCUAUAGUACUUGGGUAAUUGAACAUUUCUACCUCUUAAGAGAGACUCGUUCAUACUUGUGCAUAGAUGUUUGA